UCAGCUACAAUAUAUGAACCGUAACCCGGCUUUCCAGAGAACUGUUUCCUUAAAGCUAGACAAAGCGGUACUUCUUCAGCGACCUAUAACACCAACAUCCUGGAAGACUUUACACAUCCAUGAAGCUGUGAACUAGCUAAAGCUGCUGGAACUGUAAAAUAAAAAAUAAAACGACGCGGGGAGAGAAUAAUUCAAGCCAAAGAGACAGCCACGCAGAAGACUUUCUCUGUAAAAACACCCAACUGCGGUUUGAACUCAUUUCAACGGAGCAAAAAACCUCCAAGAUGACUGACUUCUGAGCGAAACCCACUGGGGGACCCAGAGGAAGUUCUUCUAUCGCCGUCAACUUUAACAACUUUAACAACAGAAUAGACAAAGAAAAAGACGAAUAUUUCCAUUGCAGCCAUGGAUUCAGGAAAGAGAAUAACGUUUCCAUUGAUGUUGAGUGUUGGAACAGCUGUGAUCGGCUCUCUGCAGUUUGGCUACAACACCGGUGUCAUCAAUGCCCCUCAAAAGAUCAUUGAGAAGUUCAUCAAUGAGACGUAUUUUGAGCGCUACCAGGAGGCCAUCUCCAAGACCACCCUCACGGCCAUCUGGUCCCUCGCCGUCUCCAUCUUCUCUGUUGGUGGCAUCGUUGGCUCCUUUUCCGUCGGACUCUUUGUCAACCGCUUUGGAAGGAGGAACUCUAUGCUCAUGGCCAAUGUCCUGGCUUUCAUCGCUGCGGCUCUGAUGGGCUUUUCAAAGAUGGCCAGCUCCUGGGAAAUGCUGAUCGUCGGUCGUUUUGUGGUGGGCCUCUACUCCGGCCUCUCCACAGGCUUCGUGCCAAUGUAUGUGGGUGAGAUUUCACCAACAGCCCUACGAGGAGCCCUGGGCACCUUCCACCAGCUGGGCAUUGUUGUCGGCAUCCUCAUUGCACAGGUGUUUGGAAUGGAGGCAAUCAUGGGCAACGACGACUUGUGGCCGCUCCUCUUGGGCUUUAUCUUCAUCCUUGCUUUGAUACAGUGCAUCCUGCUGCCUCUCUGUCCCAAGAGCCCUCGUUUCCUGCUCAUCAACAAGAACGAAGAGAACAAGGCCAAGGCUGUGUUGAAGAAGCUCAGAGGCACCACAGAUGUGAGCUCUGACAUGCAGGAGAUGAAGGAAGAGAGCCGGCAGAUGAUGAGGGAGAAGAAGGUGACCAUCCCGGAGCUUUUCCGCUCGCACCUCUACCGCCAACCCCUCCUGAUUGCUGUCGUCCUGCAGCUCUCUCAGCAGCUGUCUGGCAUCAACGCUGUAUUCUACUACUCCACUCGUAUCUUUGAGAAAGCCGGAGUUGAGCAGCCUGUCUAUGCCACCAUUGGAGCCGGUGUAGUGAACACAGCUUUCACUGUGGUGUCGCUGUUUAUCGUAGAACGUGCGGGACGUAGGUCUCUGCACAUGCUGGGGCUGCUGGGAAUGGCUGUAUCCGCCGUCUUAAUGACUAUUGCCAUGGCUCUGUUGGAACAGCUCAAAUGGAUGUCAUAUUUAAGCAUCGUGGCCAUUUUCGCCUUUGUCGCGUUCUUCGAGCUGGGACCGGGUCCCAUCCCCUGGUUCAUCGUGGCGGAGUUGUUCUCGCAGGGACCCAGGCCUUCGGCCUUUGCUGUGGCUGGUUUCUCCAACUGGACUGCUAACUUCAUUGUGGGAAUGGCCUUCCAGUAUGUAGAGGAACUGUGCGGCCCCUACGUGUUUAUCAUCUUCACUGUGCUGCUGCUCUUUUUCCUCGUCUUCACCUACUUCAAAGUACCUGAGACCAAGGGCCGGACAUUUGACCAGAUCUCGGCCGGUUUCCGCCAGACAGCUGCCAGCGGAGCAGAAAAGCACUCGCCGGAGGAGCUCAACAGCCUGGGAGGAGCAGAUUCUCAGCUCUGAGUGACUGAUCAUAACUUCUAACAAACUCUUUCUCAGACCCAGAAGAGGGGA